UUUAUGGAUAGUACCGUCAUCGAUGUGGAACCGUCGAACGGCAACAGGAGAGCAAUUGAAUUACGCAAGCGCCAACUCACCGAAUCCGCAGAACGUUGGCGUGAGCGCAUUAAAGCAGAUCCGGAUUUGAAAUGGCUGGGAAGGAUGGACCGACUACAGAGAGAUUGCCCGGCGAAAGCAGUAGAUUGCAGGCCAAGAGCGGUGGAUAUAAGCAAGGGCCUGGAUCGGUUCUAUUCCAGCAGCCCGUCAACUUCGCCGCCAAUCAAAGUCCUGCAGAUUGAUGAAAGGGAAUUCGAAGGAAUUGCAACCAGUACAUCGAGGUUCCUUUUCUUCUCUCACGUAAGACGGAAAUUUCCUCGAGUUUUAAAUUGUGCACGCUCGAAUGGCGACAUCCGUUCAACUUAA